CUCAACAGUGGUAGAGAAUACUUGGAGUACAUUGUGAUAAGGGAGAUAGGUUGAAAUUAAAACCCUUGAGAAUUGAGAUCUCUCGCCCAUCAGAUCCCAUUUGUGAUUUGUUCACUCAUCCAAUUCUUUUUCUCAGAAUCAAUUUACUCUUUACCAUGGAAGCUGCAAAUGCUGUUCAGGAUAGAGAUCAAAAAUUCUUGACGAAAGCAGUUGAAGAAGCUUACAAAGGUGUAGAUUGUGGAGAUGGACGUCCUUUUGGUGCUGUUGUAGUAUGCAAUAAUGAAGUGGUCGUAAGCUGUCACAAUCUCGUUCUCAAGCAGACAGACCCUACUGCUCAUGCAGAGGUUACUGCAAUAAGAGAGGCUUGCAAGAAGCUGAACAGGAUUGAGCUCUCGGAUUGUGAGAUUUAUGCGUCGUGUGAGCCUUGUCCUAUGUGCUUUGGUGCUAUCCAUCUUUCCAGAAUCAAGAGAUUGGUGUACGGAGCGAAAGCUGAAGCUGCUAUUGCCAUUGGUUUUGACUCCUUCAUAGCAGAUGCUUUGAGAGGAACCGGAUUUUACCAGAAGGCUAAUCUGGAGAUCAAACAAGCUGAUGGUAAUGUGGCCCUUCUUGCUGAGCAAGUUUUCGAGAAAACAAGGGCUAAAUUUCAACUCUAUUGAUCUAAUCUCCACUUGUCAUGGAAUUCAUGCUCCCCGUUUCCAUUGUUCAUUAUCGUUUCAAAUUAACUUGACUACUAAUUUAAUUGCAAACAUUUAACUUUCCAGAUAUUGGUAUUUGUUGAAAUUCUUUUAAGUUUUCACCACUACAGAUUCGUACUUUUCAAAAUUACUCGUUUGGCUUUGGAUACUGUU